GAUGCCCCAAGUCCCCGACCCUGAGAUGUCCCAAGUCCCCAGGAUGCCCUAUGUCCCCAAGAUGCCCAAGUCCCCAGGAUGCCCCAGGACCCCAAGAAGUCCCAAGUCCCCAGGAUGUCCCAAGACACCAAGAUGCCGCAUGUCCCCAAGAUGCCCCAAGUCCCUGGGAUGCCCCAUGUCCCCAGGAUGCCCCAAGACACCAAGAUGCCCCAAGGCCAUAAGAAGCCUCAUGUCCCCAAAAAGCCCCAUGUCACCAGGACACCCCAAGUUCCUGACCCCAAGAUGCCCCAAGACCCUGAGAUGUCCCAUGUCCCCAAGAUGCUCCAUGUCCCCAGGAUGCCCCAAGUCCCGAAGAUGCCCAAGUCCCUGUGA